GGCUCUGUUUCAAGGCGCCUCUAGUCCCCGCAAUGCGCAGCGGACGGCGCGGGGCUCCUGGAAACGGGCGGCUGGGUUGUGGGAUCCGGGGCAGCGACACCGAUAACCAAUGGACAGCGGAGCCCGAGCCGGAGCGGAGCUGCUCCACUUCACGCUGCUUCCCUUUGGCAUCUGAAUCGCCUCGAAAUUACACUCGUCUUUUCAAACAAAGAACCGUAAGUUUAAAAAAGAAAAUCAAAACUUCUCUACUGAAUGCAGUAAGAACAAAAAAAAACAUUAUUUUUUUUCCCGGAGUGCACGAAGUAGCUUGAAGAGCCAGGGAAAGUAUGGCUGUGUGUAAUUGUUUCCAUCUGGAUUUAUGCAAACUUGCGAACUCUCGGUGGCUGUUUGUGCUCCAUCUGUUCCUGCAAAGUUUGGGUUCCGUGCGACCACAGGGGCAGUACAAUGGCGAAAGAGGCAUCUCGAUCCCUGACCACGGCUUCUGCCAGCCGAUCUCAAUCCCUCUCUGCACGGACAUCGCCUACAACCAGACCAUCAUGCCGAACUUGCUGGGGCACACCAAUCAGGAAGACGCCGGCCUGGAAGUUCACCAGUUCUACCCGCUGGUGAAAGUACAGUGUUCGCCCGAGCUGAAGUUUUUCCUGUGCUCCAUGUACGCGCCAGUGUGCACAGUGCUGGAGCAGGCUAUACCCCCGUGUAGAUCGCUGUGCGAGAGGGCCAGGCAAGGCUGCGAGGCGCUCAUGAACAAAUUCGGUUUCCAGUGGCCAGAGAGUCUCCGUUGCGAAAACUUUCCCAUCCACGGAUCUAUCGACCUGUGCGUCGGGCAGAACAAAACGGAGAAAGGCAGCCCUACCUUGGAUCCCACUCAAUCCUUACCCGACGUCGGCACCAUUCGCCCUCGGGAGUACCCCAGCCGGGACCAGUUUAUUUGCCCCCGGGUAUUGAAAGUACCCACUUACCUCAACUACCAUUUUCUGGGGGAGAAGGAUUGCGGCGCUCCCUGCGAGUCUUCCCGAACCAACGGGCUGAUGUAUUUCAGCCAAGAGGAGCUGAAGUUCGCCCGGAUCUGGAUCGGCAUCUGGUCGGUGCUAUGCUGCGCCUCCACGUUGUUCACGGUACUCACUUACCUGGUGGACAUGCAAAGGUUCAGCUACCCCGAGCGCCCCAUCAUUUUCCUGUCGGGCUGCUACACUAUGGUGGCUAUCGCCUACAUCGGCGGUUUCCUGUUGGAAGAGAAAGUAGUGUGCAACGAGAAGUUUGCCGAUGACGGCUACAAAACGAUGGCACAGGGCACCAAAAAAGAAGGCUGCACCAUUCUCUUCAUGAUGCUGUACUUCUUCAGCAUGGCCAGCUCGAUCUGGUGGGUGAUCCUGUCGCUGACCUGGUUCCUGGCAGCUGGGAUGAAGUGGGGUCACGAAGCCAUUGAGGCCAACUCACAGUACUUCCACUUGGCCGCCUGGGCAGUACCGGCCAUCAAGACCAUCACCAUCCUGGCCGUGGGCCAGGUGGACGGGGACGUGUUGAGCGGGGUCUGCUUCGUGGGACUCAACAACGUGGACGCGAUGCGAGGAUUCGUGCUUGCGCCGCUGUUCGUCUACCUGUUCAUCGGCACCUCCUUCCUGCUGGCCGGCUUCGUGUCGCUCUUUCGCAUCCGGACCAUCAUGAAGCACGACGGCACCAAGACGGAGAAGCUGGAGAAACUAAUGGUGCGCAUCGGCAUCUUCAGCGUCCUGUAUACUGUGCCGGCCACCAUUGUCAUCGCCUGCUACUUCUACGAGCAAGCAUUCAGGGAGCAGUGGGAGAGGAGCUGGGUCAACCAGGCUUGCAAGAGUUACGCUAUUCCCUGCCCUCGGAACCAGCAGCCGCCCAUGACGCCGGACUUCACCGUCUACAUGAUCAAAUAUCUCAUGACACUAAUAGUGGGCAUCACCUCCGGGUUUUGGAUCUGGUCCGGUAAGACUUUACAUUCAUGGCGCAAGUUCUACACUAGACUCACAAACAGUAAGCAAGGAGAGACGACGGUGUGAGUGAAAGAGAGACGCUUUUCCCUCUGCAAUUUUCCUUCCCGAAAAGGGAGGCGUGAAACACAUAAACACAGACAGAGUGAAACCCGGGCUUUCGGAUGCAACAGACUAUAUUUCAAGUACUGUAUGUUGUUGUAAAUAGCAUCUGUACAUUUUUUUUGUAAUUAUAUAUUUGUAUUUAAAAUAUCACCUCCAGAGGUGUUAUCUUGUUUCCCCAAUUUGUGGAGGUUAUGUUUUGUCCCAGAGGGAGGAGGUGGGGAAAGAGCACUAACUAUUUCAAUGCUCGAAAACCGUCGUAACUAAACUUACGUAGUCGGACGCGGAGAACGAGCCUGCGAAAAAAAAGUCAGACUUGUAAGUUGAUCCCAGUGCCUGCCAACUCGCAUGUCUGAAUGUUGAACCUUUCGAGAGAUAAAUUGGACCUGGAGGCAAUUAGUCUUACCCCGGAAUGAAAGACUUCCCCUGGGUCCUAACGCGAACCAAGUUAUUCUUUACACAACCUAGAAAAUGUAGAACUUCGAAUGAGAAAAAAAAGUACGUGUUUUUAAAAUAAAAAGGCGAAGUAAUAGCUUACUUUUAUUUUUGGGCACUCAGAUUACAAUCUAACAUUUUCUGCGUUCAAUUCGUGAAAUGCUUCCCGAGUAAUAAAACUGAUACAUUCUGACUGUUUUAUUAUUGCACACUGUUUUAUCCAAAAUAAACAUUCUACAAACACUGGCUGAAAACAAGAAGGGCACAAAAAGUUUUACAGUUUUAAUUAGUUGCCAUAAUGGUAGACAAUAGUAUUUUUAUUGGCUGGCGUAUUUAGAGGGGAGAAAAACCUUCCAGUAUUAUGCUGAUUGGUCCUGUUGAAAGAUCUUUCUACGUUUUGGCAUUGCUUUCGAGUUUUGUUAGCAAUACAGCAAACGUUGUUUUUACAGCAAAGGGUAAAUACAUUGUUUAGAAGACUGAAACCGGGGAGAAAGUGUUCUUAACAGACACUGACCAGCUGAAUAAGGCAAAGUUAACAUUCCUUGGCAGUGUGUUUUUUUGAUCGUUUUCUAUGACAAACGGGAAUGUUAGACUUCAAAAGCAUGUGAACUGAAUGGAGUUUGAGCUGAGGGUAAUGUUCAAACCCAUAUAGGUAGUGGUUGGUGUGGGUUAGAGCACAAUAUGGUUCAGUCAGUGUUUUAUUAGAACGAUAAAAAUCCAUUCCAUUUCAAGUGAGUGGACCACAAAUUAUCUGUAGAAAUAUUGUGUAGUAACAAAUCCAGCAUGUUUAAUCUGCUGAGUGAAAUGUGGACUAUUUCUGUCAGAAUAUUCCAACCCCUUUUUUUCCAUUGUACUAUAUCACAAGCAUUUUAGUACAAACAUUUUAAGGCACCAUAACUGCACAGGCAUUUUUUUUUAAAUUGUGUACUGUAUUUUCAAAUAAUUUGCAUGAUUGUUAUCAAAUAAUUAAUAGGAGACUGUAGCCAUAACGACGUACAAGCCUGUACUCGUGGUUCACAUUCAUUAUUGGCUUAAGUCCCUGAUGAGCAAAAAAAUGUCUGAACUUGGUAUUCAUUUAUGCUUGUUCACCAUUACAGAAUCCUUUAUAUUUAUAGAGCAAUAGAAAGUUUAUAUAUUCCAUAUUUUUAAUUUCUCUGAAAUAAAACUUCCAAGUUUUUGUACAAAAAUUGUGUCUGCCUUAACAUAAGCUAUGUGUCCUUUAAAUAAAAAUGAACACACUAUUAUGUAGCAUCAUAACAUAUUAUACAUACAACUUGGUAUUAAAUUCAGCCUGCCAGAGGAAAAAUAUUGUUUGGUUUGCUGUUUGCCAGAUGGUGGUUAGUGACCAAAAAAACGUUUCUUGUGCGUAUUUGCUCAUUGCAAUCAGAAUUAUUACAUAGUGUUAUGUGAAAUUAUUUUCAUAAUAUUAGUCCAUAUUCCAAUGUUGCAUAUUAUUAAUAGAUCUAAAAUUAAACAAAACAAUUGACAUUAGUUUCUAUGGUUUCCAAUAAACAGAUUACACUUCAUAGUUUAUCCAAAUAUUUAAAACACAUUUUAGUAGUCCUUCCCUUCCUAAAACUGUUAUACAUCAAGUCUUGCAUUGACUGCAUUUAUACAAUAUUUGAGUAAUUUUUAAUUUGUUAACUUGAUAAUUUAAGAUUAAAUUUUAACCUUUCAAAAUGCUUAAAUAUAAACAGUAGAAAGUAAUUUUGGAAUUUUAAAGACAAUUGCUAGUUAUUUCUUAAGGGCUAAACAGAAAAUGCCAGCAUUUAUGGUGCUGUUUGAAUUUAGACGGAUCUCAUAUAGUUUACGUAUUGGAACAUUAGAAUAUUCUGCAAAUUAAUGUGAAAAUUCUGGGAUUUGUUCUGCAUUAUUUUCUAGUUCUGCUUUUACAUUUAGAGUUAGUUUAAUCAAAUGCAAUUUUAAUUAAGAGAAGUAAUAAUCUACAUUCAAAACCUUUCCUAAUUUUGAAUUGACAGCGCCAUUUUUAAACUCAAAAUUUUGGAAAUUGAAAUGGUGUCAUUUAAUUAUCUGGAUGUGUUUUAGCAUAUCACAUACUAUGGUCUUGCAUUAUCUUUCAUCUGUGAUACAAACUCGGAAUGCUCUAAAUGAUAAUAGUCCAUGUACAGUUCAAAUUUUACUACAAUAGCCAAUAUGGUUUUAUGAAAAAACCUGUUUGCAUUUAUCAAGGUCAUACACACCAGCUACUUUGUGAUGCAUUUCUAAAAUGGGUAAACCAUUUUAAAUUCUUUAAUCUUUGGAUAUAUUUAUGCAUAUUCGAUGCAGGGGAACAAUCUAAUCCUUGUUUAUUUCCUCUGGGAGUGGCAGAUUAUUCCUUGCACGUGUCAAAUUUUGGGAGCAAAAAUUCUGGUAUACCAUUUAGAUCCUAAAUUUGGAAGUUGGUCAUUAAAUAGUAUUUCCAUAAACAUGAUUUAACCUUCAUCUUUAAAUAGUCGGGCACACUAGUAGUUCGUUUUUGCAUUUAAGACAUGUCAUUUUAAACUUGUCCAGUGCAAAUUGCUGAAAACCGAAUUACUCUGUACGAAAGCAAUGCAUGCAAAUUUUUUAGAGUGGUACUCACAUGUAAAAUUCAUGCAAAUUAGACGUUAUAAAAUUAGCCACAUUGAAGUCAAUUUAUUAACUAUAUUUAAAAAAGAAUACAAAUGACAUCAUGGCCAUAACAAACAUGUGGAGAAGAACAGCUAAUUAGUAUUCCAUCCUAAUUGUCGCAUAUGUUUCAUAGAAAAUUGAUGUAUAACAUAGAGCUCAGCUCGCCUUAUGUUUAAAAAAUCCUUUGUUAACUCAAUACUUACAUUAAAUAUUAUGAGACAAUUCA